AACUAACUUGAUUAAUGUUUGACCCAUUAUAAUACCAUCAUGAUUGGUAUUUAAAUAUUAAGUAAUAAUAAUUUUACUUCUUAUUUAUCUAUGCACACUCAUGAAUUAUAUGCUCCCAUUAACCAAAGUCAAUAAAGACGGCUGGCGACGCAAUGUCCAAGCGUGCGUCGUUUUAAAGAUUUACGAUAUUAAUUAUAUCAGCUAUUCUUUAAAAAUCCUUAUUUAUUAUAUUUAAUCCGAUGACUUAACUAGCCUUCCGUGCGAUUUAUUACGUCGCUCCGCAUAAUCCGUGCGGUGUAAUUAUUUACACACGAUUAGUACCACUUUUACGUUUACAACAACCUGUCCUUAAUAAAAGUGCAACAAUUUUACUUAUGCGAUUUCGAGUCGGGCCCGCGUCUGAUCAUUUCUCCGGCGCUCAGUUGCGCCCGCGCAUCCGUACCGCACGCACGCGCCACGCUCCCGCGCACCUCGCCGCGAACACGUCGCCGCUCGCGCAUCAAGUGCUAUCUCGACUAAACACAUCUGUGACAGUGACAUGGUUUUGUGCUUUAAUUGGAUUCUGUGACGGUGUCAUUAGAACCGUGUGUGUGCAGCAACUGCAGGUGCGGUGAUGCGCCGCGAGCGCCGGCGAACGACACAUGCAUGCCGCCCGCGCACCCGGUGUGGUUGUGAUGUCAUGGUGGUGGGCGCUGGCGCUGCUAGCGCUGUCGGCGCCCGCCCGCCCCGCACCACGGGCGGGCAACGGUGAGCAAAUUUACAGUUACCAAAUGUCGCGGAAGUCGUGCGUUGCGGGCGGCGCGCGCGGCGCUUGCAUGUGGGUGCAGGAGUGCAACAGAGUGGGGGGCAUCCACGCGGGGGUCUGCGUCGACGGCUUCAUGUUUGGAUCCUGUUGCAGGCUGCCCGACAAGCCCGUGGUUGUGGAAGAAACCCUGCCCCCAGUUACGGUCACGGAGAAAACGUACACAACGCCAUCUAGUACGGUCUACACAACAACUCAAGCGCCAGAGACUUCGACACAAACCAUCGCGCGGCCAAACUGGCAAACGCAACGGCCGUCGUUCAUGACAAAACCAAUAGAUGGCGCUCCCACGUCCUACAGCUACCGGCCGCCAGAAAUAAACUUACCUUCAUUAGGAAAUUUAGAUUCAAGUAGCGAACAAAAUAGUGAUAUAGUUAAUAAAAUACCUUAUAACAGUGUAAAUAAAUACCAAAAUGUAAAUAGGCCGAACAGUGAAGCGGAAACUAGUCCCCACAAUAAGAUUUCGUCUAGUCUUAGCAUAUUGUCUGGUGCGCGACCGAUGGCCGUAUCGGAGCAGCACUCUGAUAACAGCAUAAGCUCAGGCCAAUACAUAUCAAGGCCAAGCAAUCUCAACACGAUACACUGGCAAGCCACAACAGAGCCAACAUUCAUCACGAAGCCUCGUCCGUCAUGGGAGAAGCCGGCGGGCAAGCCGAAGCCGACAAAGAAGUUCACGACGACGACGAGCAAGCCGCACAAGAACUACAUCAAGCCUAAAGAUCCGGCGACAAAUAUGAUCAAUAGGACAGAAGCGUCUACUUCACCGCCGAUACAGACUACGGCUGCUUCUAAUACUGUUGAAUGUGGCUUAACAGCGAUGUGGCCUCGUCCAGAGUCGAGGAUUAUGGGCGGCAAGGACUCCAGCUUCGGUCGGUGGCCCUGGCAGGUGUCCGUUAGACGGACGUCCUACUUUGGCUUCUCAUCGACUCACAGAUGUGGGGGAGCCAUCAUCAAUGAAGGCUGGAUUGCGACGGCAGGACAUUGUGUUGAUGAUCUGUUGACAUCGCAAAUAAGGAUACGAGUCGGGGAAUAUGAUUUUUCGUCUGUAUCUGAAGAGUACCCGUUUGUGGAGCGCGGAGUUGCCAGGAAAGCAGUACAUCCGAAAUACAAUUACUAUACGUAUGAGUAUGACUUGGCGCUGGUGAAGUUGGAAUCUCCAGUACAAUUUGCUCCUCAUAUAUCGCCAAUUUGUUUGCCGGCAACUGAUGACCUUCUCGUGGGGGAGAAUGCCACGGUGACUGGCUGGGGAAGGCUUUCUGAAGGUGGUGUGUUACCGUCGAUUCUUCAAGAGGUCCAAGUACCAAUUGUAUCGAACGAGCGAUGUAAGUCGAUGUUCCUGAGGGCUGGGAGACAGGAGUUCAUCCCGGACAUCUUCUUGUGCGCCGGUCACGAAAGAGGCGGCCAUGACAGCUGUCAAGGUGACUCAGGGGGACCCUUACAGGUCAAAGGCAGAGACCAGAAGUAUUUCUUGGCUGGCAUCAUCAGUUGGGGCAUCGGUUGCGGCGAAGCCAAUCUUCCCGGUGUUUGUACCAGGAUAUCGAAAUUCGUCCCCUGGAUCCUACAAACAGUGAACUCCUAAUCCAUGGAGAGUGUAUGAAGCUAACGGUGCUAAGUGACAGUGACAAUUGAUGAACAGUGAACAAGAGACACGAAACGAAUUCGUUCCAAGUGCAGUGUUAGUUACCUUCAAAAAUGUUGAUUGAAUCAACGUUUUCUGAGGCGUUUUAUAAAUAUCUUGCCAGAAGCUUGCUGAACUCGUUAUUGCGAGAUUCUGCAUCAACCGUUACCGGAGCUUCUAUUUGGUGAUAUUUUUAAGCUUCGACAAUAAACGCCCUGAUAACUGCUUUAGGCUGUAGGUCCUUGGGUACGUGCAACUGUGAUCAUACUGUUUUGAUAUUUUCUUUCUUAAUGUUAUUUUUGCCUUUGUUAAUUUUGCUGUCUUCUUUGAAGUCUUUUGCGGCUCUAUUAGGUCAACAAAUAUUCUCUGAAAAUUUUGGGGUUUCUGUGAUAGCUGUAAAUGAAAUAGUAUGAUGACAUUGCCCUUGGGAUCCACCACCAUCGCUUGAGGAAAGACUGUUGCUAUUGUUGAAGCGAGAGCUACAUAUAACGGUAUCUCUCUCUACAACCUUGAUUUUCUUUCUUAGUGAUGUUGGUAGAUUCCAUCGUACAACUACUUCGCCUUAUGCACUUGAAACAAUUCUUUGUAAAUACAAUCUAUUUUAAGACCAUUUUUUAUCCUUACUAGUUUUAAUAAAUUCAUGGAAUUAAUACCCUAUGCUCAAAUUUAUUGUAAAUAUUGUCUACGUAUGUAUCUUGCCGUUUAAUUAAGAUUGUACUAAUAAUACAGUAUUAUUUACUUGAUUCGAUAUGUAACUGGAAUCGCAUAUUUUGUAAAUAUCCGAAUAUUUUUGUUGUUUAUUAGGAAAUCAAUGUUUUGCAAUCAGAUAAAGAACAUUUGUGAUUGAAAU